AUGAGUGAUAGAGAUAUCAGAUACUACAAUCGGGAACAGAGAAGGCAGCAGUUUCAGAUGUCGUCAGUGCCAGUAGAGGAAACAUUUUCAAAAGUUUUGAGAAACGGAGACCAGGAAGUUGAUUCAGCAGAUUUAGUGGAUUCAAAGGGAGAGAGAAUAUUUGGUCAGAAUUCAGUGGAUACUAUGAUGGACAUGAUGUCCCGAAUGUUGGCCACUUUUAAUCAAAAUGCUGGAGGAGGUCAUAGUCAAAACCAGAAUCAUAAUACCAAUGGUAAUAAUGUUAGCACUUCCAACAAUUCUAGUGGUAAUGGGAAUGGCAGGAACCAUAGUAGCAACAAUGGUGGAAUGCCUGUUGGAUCGGUGACAAGACCUUUGCAACCAGUUUUCCUUCCAAGGGAAGCAGAGCCUCCUAAAGUAGAAGUCCCUGUGGCUGAUGAGAUUCGGGCUAGUUUCGUGGAGUAUGCAUCACUUCCCCAAGAGAUCCGAAAUAUCUUGUCUCUUGACCAGUUCAUGAAUCAGAAGAAGAGGAGGGAAGGAAGAUAUGAUAAUCUAUACUCCACUCCAAGAGACUAUCAACAAGAUCUUGGGAAGGUUACUCUAGCACAUUUUGAUGGAAGCAGAAUGGUGGUACCAUGGGUUGGUCACAACUUGAUCACCACCUAUGCUGAAUUCACAAACCGGCUGAUUGAGAGGUUUGAUUCAAAGGAUCCCGAGGUUAAGUUCAGAGAGCUUGCUCAACUCAAACAGCAAGGCUCCUUGGACAAUUACAAAAUAGAGUUCCAAAAUCUCUCAGUUAUGGUCAAUAGCAUUUCAGAGAAGAGGCUACUUGUUCUAUUCACAAAAGGUCUUGAAGAGCCCUUGAAAGGAUGA